UCAGGGAAUGAAUGUGUAAGGCUAACCGACUGGUAGCUUUGGCAAUGUUGUCACUAUCAGAAUGAUAUCACAGCGGGACAAAGGAGAAUUGGCUCGGUUUUAUACUGUUACAGAUCCUAAAAAGCACCUGAAAGGCUACACUGUGUACAAAGUCACGGCAAGGAUAAUCUCCAGAAAGAACCCAGAGGAUGUCCAAGAGAUAACAGUAUGGAAGAGAUACAGUGAUUUCCGGAAGCUUCAUCAGAACCUCUGGCAGCUGCACAAGAAUGUAUGUAGCCAGUCAGAGCUGUUUCCUCCCUUUGCCAAGGCCAAAGUGUUUGGUCGUUUUGAUGACUCAGUAGUUGAGGAAAGAAGACAGUGCUCUGAGGAUCUGCUGCAGUUCUCCGCUAACAUCCCUGCUCUCUAUAGUAGCCAACACAUCCAAGAUUUCUUCAAGGGAGGUGAGGUCCACGACGGCUCAGAGCUCAUUGGGCCAGCUGAGCCCUUUUCUGACUUCCUGGCAGACAGUUUAUCAGACUGCAGCUCUGACGUCCAAAGAGACAUCAGUGGUGCUGAUGAUUUGACUAUCACAUCUGAGUAUGGAGGCCCGUCCAGUGACAGCGACCUGACCUCCCUGGCUGUGGAUACGGACUCUUUGGCUGGGCUGGAUGAUGGCAUGGCCUCAGGCCGCACCUCCCCAAACCAGCCACAAGGGGGAGCCACCAACAUUAGCAGCAGCUGCAGCCCUCGCUUACCGUCCCUGCAUGAUCGUCGCACCCCAUCUCCAGCUCCAGUCCCUGCCUCCUCAGCCCCUAACCCAGAGGUCAGCUGGCCAGGCCGAACACCACUCUUCUCCGGCAGCCUGAAGAAAGCCACUGCUGGCAAUUCUAAAGAGGUGAAGUCAGACUACCUCGACAGAGCCAGUGAGCUCAUCUGUUUGGCAGUACAGAAGGAGAAAGAGCAGGACUUCCAGGCAGCUUUCUCCUGUUAUCGCAGCGGAGUGGACCUGCUGCUGCAAGGAGUGCAAGGUGAGCCCAGUCCCACGCGACGAGAGGCAGUGAAGAAGAAGACUGCUGAGUAUCUGAUGCGUGCAGAACAGAUAUCCAGUCAGCAUCUGGGGAGCAGCAUGGGUCAAGGGUCCACGCAGACAGUGGCUUUGGGGGCACAGUGCUGCCCGUCCACCAGCAGAGGAGGCCAGCAGAGUCCAUCUGAGGAGCUGAGAGCUUACCGGGUGUUGGGGGUCAUAGAUAAGGUUCUUUUGGUCAUGGACAAGAGAACACAGGAGACGUUCAUCCUCAAAGGUCUGAGGAAAAGCAGCGACUGUGGGCUGACUAAGAGGACAAUCAUGCCUCACUCUGUGCCCCACAUGGUACAGCUGAGGAAGUUCAUCGUCUCUGAAGACACAGUUUUUCUUUUGCUACAGUAUGCUGAAGGUGGGAAGCUGUGGUCUCACAUUGGAAAGUACCUGCGUAACUCUAGCCCGGAGGAGAGCUUUGACAUUCCUUUCAUCCAGAAGAGCCACACAGCAGCUGUCCACUCUCCACAACAUGCUGUGCCACAGCUGGAUGUGGGUUCAGCCAGUUCUGGUUCUGGGCCGGUUGCUUGUUCUGAUGCGGUCUCAGGGCUGCAGAGCAAAGCUGAGAAACUCAGCACAUCACCUCAGAAAAACGUUCUCCCUCCCAGGCGCAUCGAACAAAUUGGUGCCCAGUCGGACUCUGGAGCCACCUCUGAGGAGGAGUGCACCAACAGUUAUUUGACACUUUGCAACGAGUACGAACAAGACAAAGUAGAACCAGAUGCACUAGAAGAGGAAGAGAGGAGCGAGCAGGAAAUGCUGUCGCUGGAAGUACCCGCUGCGACGACCACCACUUCCUCACGUAGCCGCUCGCUGCUCAGCAACGACAGCCUCUCCUCACCUAUCAGCUCUCAGGAACUCGGCUUUUUUACAGAGUCGUCCGAGAAAAGCGGCCACACUCUUGACAUUGAGCAAUACCGUGGCGAGGGACAGGACCACGGCGACGUGUUCAGUCCUUUGCCCUCCCCUGCAGUGCCUCUGUCUUUGGAUCAGUCCAAGCACACGCCAAUGGAGUUUUUUCGCAUUGACAGUAAAGACAGUGCAAGUGAGGUGACCUGUAUUGACUCAGGAGAGCAGCGCGCUUCUCAUAAGCAGGUCCCGCUUUUUUCUACGUCUGACUUGGGAUCGGAUGUCACUGAGGAUCUUCCAGAGCUGGCUCAGGAGGUCAGGGGCCACAGCUCGGAGCUUUGGGGGUUUGACUGUAGUGAUAAAGGCUCCAACGAGUCAGUGCCAGUUAUCUCAUUUAAAGAGGCAGUAGUGGAGGAUGAGGGUCAUCCGCCAGACCUUUUGGUCAACCUACCUGUGAUGGGGGGGACUGUAGACUCUUUACAAGAGGAAUUCGACACUUCAGGGGUGUGUCUGGGCCUCGAGGCCACAGCAUCUCCUCAGAAGUUAAUCCAGCCUGAUGUUUUACAGCUUCCCAGCCAACCUGAGGAAGAGGAGGAGCAGCCACUGGAGCAGGAGCUUUCAUCUUUUUGCACAGCCUCUGCAGCUUGUGACACCAGUGUUGCAUCUUCCUCUCCUUUCAACUCACUGUGGGAGGACUGCAGCUUGGCGUUUGGGCAAGAGGCCUCUGACAAAAUGGAAGUUAAUCCUGCAUGCCAAAAUGACGACCUUCCCUUUGACCUUCCAGUUACUGACACGCUUAAGGAGAAACUAGAAGCCAGUGCAAGAGGAAGUACCGAGGUGGUUCCAGAACCUAAAAUCACAGGCUCUAUCCCAGCCACAAACGGGACUGAGGCCUGCGCAGCAGUUGAGAGUUUAUUAGGUCUUGAUGGUGAAUCAUCAAGAGUUAUUAGUAAUACAGGUGGCAGCGAAUUUGAUAAAGAAGUAUCACGGCUGUUUGCAGAGCUAGACGAGCUGUCGCUGGCCGCAUCCCAAGCUCGCAUCCCGGAGGAGUUUGUACGAUGCUGGGCUGUGGAGAUGGUGACAGCUCUGGAUUCUCUGCACCAAGAAGGCAUCAUCUGUCGAGACCUGAACCCCAACAACAUCCUGCUGGACCACCAAGGUCAUGUUCAGUUUACCUACUUCUGUAGCUGGAAUGAUGUGGAGGAGUCCUGUGACAAAGAGGCCAUUGCCAAUAUGUACUGUGCACCAGAGGUGGGAGGUAUCAGUGAGGAGACGGCAGCGUGCGAUUGGUGGAGUUUGGGCGCCAUCCUGUUUGAGCUCCUGACAAGCAUGUCUCUGCUGCGGUGCCAUCCAGCAGGAAUUGGUCGCCACACAACUCUCAACAUCCCCGAGUCUGUUUCAGAGGAGGCCAGAUCUCUGCUGGAGCAGUUGCUCCAGUACAACCCAACGGAGAGACUGGGUGCAGGUGUGGGAGGCGUGGAUGAUAUCAAAUCCCACCCUUUCUUUGCCAGUGUGGACUGGCCCAAAUAGGCGCUGUGCACUGUGGGACUGCGGGAACCUGAGCUGCGUGCUGGGAGACUGGCUGCCCUGAAUUAAUUCCUCUGGACACACAAGUAGAUAUACAGAUUAUGCAUUUCUGUACACACCUCUCAUUUUGUGUACGGCCAUUCAGUCCCCACGUACUUCACUUUUUUUGUACGAAAUUUGCCAAGAAGCAGUAUUACCUUCCUUGUAAAUUGCUCAUGUCUUUAUCUCAUAGAGGGUUUACUGUGGAAACUUUUUGGUGCAGGGAACACUUAACAACAUGUGUGGUGCAAUAAUUUAUAUGUGUAUAAGUGCUGGUACCGAGUGAUGAUCCAUUACAACAUUGUUGCUUUUACACUCCUCAUGCAUUAGCUGUAAGCCAAAUGACACAAGUGAAAGGGGACAUUUUUGUGUUUUCACUGCAUGUAUUAAGUUGUGUGUGUUACACAUUCAAACUGACAAAGACUUAAAGGUGGGGUAGGCUGAAAUUGUGAAGAGGCAACAACAACAAAAAUGGAAGAAUUUGAAAAUACACCCUCCUCCUGCUGCGCCCCCUCUUUGUCCUAAGCUCCUCUCACAGUACGACCACGGGCUUUUGCACGAGCUUCAUGCAGUAACCCAGUGUUUUAUUUAAUCUUUUUUCAUUUUGCAGUUGCUCACAGCUUGCCUCACUCUCUCUCCCUCUCCCACAAAUAAGUCAAGAAUUAGCUAGCUAGCCACCCUACCACUCCUCCGCCUCGCUCUCCACCACUGUGAAUUAGUCCCAUGAGAGGAGAGACACAGACCUCAUGAGACAGACCUCCAAAUAACAAUUGUUGUGAGCUGAAUUUGGACAGUGCAAACCCCAAAGUGCUGGUUGUCACAGGGGGUUGGUGGCCAGUGGCAGUGCUAGGUCUAAUUUGUGUAAAGGCAGCAACAGAAAGCUUGCUGAUCCUGCCAGGAGUCGAGACUGUUCUGUCCCCUGGACUGCUGGUGUUUGCGCUGACGGUACUCACGUUGCUGUGCCCGCUAACUGGGAGUCAGUCUCCAGAGCUGCUGCCCGUGGUCCUCCCAGCAAGGUGGUGGCCAGGGGGCCCAGAGAACAUUUUCCACAUAAGCCAACAUUAUAAGAGGCAUGUCUGUAAAUCUGUUGACAGAACUCCUCACAAUGCAAACAAAGUCAAUUACGAAUCUCUCUAUUAUCAAUUUUUGAGCCACAGUGGUUUUAUAUAUUUUUGUAAAACUUUCCUUACCUGAAAAAAACAAUUUGAAAAUCCUUGACUCAAUACAGUGUAAAGUCUAUGAGCUGAGUAGCUCACAGGCAAGGCCACUGUGAGAAACAGUACUGCACAUAUUCAGUAGGCCUCGUACCACGGAGGUAAACUCGGAAACUAGAGCACUUUUUUGAUGUAUGUGCCAGGCAAGAUGCUCCACAGAGUGGAAUAGGCGCCAUCUUUGGCCUGAUGUCAAGAUAUUAUUAAAAUCUAUGUGCGAAUGAUGCAUUAAAAUCUAUGUGCGAAUGACGCGCUGAUUCAAGGCUCUGUCCAACGUUAGUUACAUGAAGGUGAACUUGAUGCCACAGCCAUGAGCUUCUCGCCUCAGUUAGGAGAAGGCUAAACUGUUGGUAACAUUUACUCAUGCACUGCAUCUCUGAAACACUUUGCCAAUACUGACACAGGUUUUAUUUGGUUUAUCAUCAGACUCUCUUUUUGUUAAGUCCAUCUUCCUUUUUGGGUUGCUUUGCAGUGUAGGCAGUUUUUGCCAAUGCUGGAAUAGCAACUUUCUCCGUUGGAUUCUCCGUAAUUGAAUCAUGCUUGCACCGAAGUGACGUGCAUGUGCUUCUGCAUUUGUGGAACAGCCAAUUGGAGCGCCCUUUCUCUGAAAUGAUCUGUGAUUGGCCAAAGUCUCCCGUCACAAGGUAGAUUUCCUAAAGCCUGAAAACAGAGUCAAGAGAAGGUGCAGAAGUCUCUCAGUCUGCUCGAGGCAUCACAGUACGAUCAAAGUUUACCGCGUUUUUUUCACCCAGUGAAGCCAAAAUUAAACUGCCUGCCCCAGCUUUAAAUCAGCUUUCCUGAAAACACACGUGCAAUACACUCAGUUUGUUGCCAUCUGUAACAUUUUAAUCAUUCCUCACGGAGCCCACAGAGAUUAGCUUUGAGUGAGACAGGUUGAGCAUUUUAUUUGAAGCUUGGGUUGUGUUUCGCUGAUCUAGGAAAAGAUGUAAUUUCCUACAGGUUUUUGCCAAUCCAUUUUUUUACAGCCAACCAGCUCACAGACAGUGAUAGAGAUAGACACUAAACAAGGUCAAUGAACAAAAUAUUUUGAGGUCGGAGAUGGUUUUGUUGUUUAGUGAAGUAUUAGUUAGAUGAAGAUUGAGUUAUUUAAUAGAUAAUAGCUGUGAAAAGGGCCGAGAGCCUCCAUGGACAGUAAGUGUGUUUCAUUCAUUUAUUUAAGAAAGAAAGAAUAAAGAAGGACAAGGCUUGAACCGCACAUCUGAAACCAGCCCUUUUACAGAUUGUUUUUAUAAAUAACAGAGUGAACUCUGUACUGUACAACACUGCAUUUUCUGCAUGGGAGGAUAUGAUUUACUUAAUAUAUUUAAUACGAUGGAAAAUCUGUCGAUCAAUAAAUAACGUGUGUCUUGUAAAUAUACCUUUUAAACCUUUGUGCUGAGUGAGAGGAACACUGACGGAGGUCUCAAAGCCUCCUUACUCAUGUCAAUCACUUACUGCCUCAUCAAUCAAAUCCUUUUUAUUUGAUUGUUUUAUGUUUGAGCAACACAUCUGCUAACUUACCACACAGAUCUUAAUGCUGAUUUUGUAACUAUGACUGAAUUAUAUGGUAAACAUUGCCAUGUUUACAUAACAUGCCAUGUAUCUCUUUCUGUAUAAUCAGAUGAGAUUUACCGGAGCAUAUAUCAUCUUAAUACAUGUUUGUAACAACACACAGAUAAUCACUUCACUGUAGAUGCUGCACUCUGUACUCCGCUGCACUGCGGGAUGAUACAUGUUAACUAUAGAUCCAUAUUUCAACUAUUAACCCUUUUUAUCAUACAUAACCAUCUCAGUGGGGUUUCUUUCUGUUUUCUAUUGAAUGCUCACUCUUGUCUGUGCCCUAUAUCUUUUACUGGUCUGUCAGUGCACUCUGGAUAACAAUAAACUUACCUGGAUGAGAA